AUGCAGACAGCAGUUGCUGCGCUUGCGUGGCCUAAAUUCGUUAUGCUGACGCUUCUUUCUUUUGCAGCAAUAAAUAUACUAAUGCCAAGCGACUUGGGAACAUGGUUCAGGACCAUCCCCAUAGUAACCAGAUACUGGUUCGCUCUUUCUGUCGUCAUUCCCUUACUCGGAAGGUUCGGCCUUAUCAACCCAUUAUGGAUGUAUCUUGAUUGGGAUCUUUUCGUCCAUCGGUUUCAUGGAAUAUGCAUGGCAGCUGGCGUGUACUUUUUGCUUGAACCAAUGGUACUCAGCGUUUUGUACGUUUGGUGUCAACUCAACAAGGACACAAUCGUUUCUUUCUGGUUUGGAACACAGUUCAAAGCUAUGUACCUUCCUUGGAUCUUAUGUGCGUUCAAUGCUAUCCUACGAGGAGGUGGCAUGAACGAGCUGCUUGGCAUUCUGGUUGGACACACUUACUACUUCUUGGCCUUUGACUACCCACUCCAACAUGGUGGAUCAAUGUUCCUUCGCACUCCUCAGUUCCUCUACAAUCUCUUACCAAAUGAGGAAGGAGGUGUGCAUGGAUUUGGAGCCGAGCGAAUCAAUCAACGACGAGGUGAUGCAGGAGGUGGUGGACGACAUGCAUGGGGUCGGGGACAAGCUUUGGGUGAGAUAUAUUUGCGAAUUUUGCAUAGUAUAACGUGUAGGCGGUUGCAACUGGCCAUGUAUCUCCCUUGGAUCUUAUGUGCGUUCAAUGCUAUCUUGCGAGGCGGUGGCAUGAACGAGCUUCUUGGCAUUCUGGUUGGACACACUUACUAUUUCUUGGCAUUUGACUAUCCACUCCAACAUGGUGGAUCGAUGUUCCUCCGCACCCCUCAGUUCCUCUAUAAUCUUUUACCAAAUGAGGAAGGAGGCGUGCACGGAUUUGGAGCUGAGAGAAUCAAUCAGCGACGAGGUGAUGCAGGAGGUGGACGACAUGCUUGGGGUCGGGGUCAGGCUUUGGGUGGUGAUUAA